AUGAAAUUCGGUGACAACUUCUAUCAGAGGUCGGUCCCCCAAUGGGCGCCAUACAACUUCAACUACAAUGGCAUGAAGCAGCUCAUCAAACAGCGGACAUCCGCCAAUCUGACCGGCCCGGUGGAAAUCCCCGUGCAAGGCAGAAGUCGAUGGGAGGAAACAGACAAGGUCUUGCUCGAUCACUUGCGAGACCAGUAUGACAACGUCACUCUGUUUCUGCGGAUGAAGCGGGGAGAAAUUGACCGAAGACUGAGCUCUCUCAAAAAGCAGAUUGCAAUGCUCCGGACAUUUGCCGACGAGAAGGCUCUGGAAGGCAAUGCUGUCGCCAGUGCCCGCGGUCGCAAGUAUCGAAGACUCACCCAGGAAUGCGAAGAGCUUGGGGACCUCAUCCAAAAGGUCGCGCGCUUCGCUUCGGCACAGAAGAUCGCUUUCCGCAAGAUCCUCAAGAAGUACACGAAAUGGACAGGUUCGACCACAUUGCAAACUCGCAUGGAUGUCGAGGUCUUCUCCUCCAACCAACUGCAGACCGACUAUUCGGAUUAUCUUCAAGAACUGGCUGAACAGACAGCCAUCCUGGCCGACAAAAUGGCCACCCCACCGCUUCCAAGGCAUCAACAAGAACAAUCCACCGUUCAACAGCAAACCAGAACUUCGGCGUCCAGCCUGCGGUCCCCUAUCGCCAAAAUCAAUAGUGCUCUCAACCAGGCCCCGUCGGCGUUUGAUGCCGCCAUCAUGACGGUUCCAUAUGGCGAGGCCGCCGGCAGCGCCUUCUACUGGAUCCAUCCAGAUAACCUCGAUGAGGCCCGUGCCCUGGUCCAGAGACACAUGAAGAAGGAUGACUCUCUCGCUCCUACCCCUUCACGCACGAGCUCAGAUGGAUCACUGAAGUCGCCGAGAUACACAUCUUUUAGUGCCUCCAAUAGUAGUCUCACUCAUAUGGUCUUCUUUGACAAUGCCCAGAGGUUCGUCAAAGACCAAAGCUCUGCUAGGCCCUCGAAGAUAGCCUUGAGCGCAUACUGGACCCGCGAUAAAGACGCCGCGGUCACUCUCGCCGGGCUCUCACCCACCUCAUCCGGUGAAAGGGCCCUUAUCCUCGACCGCGAAGACCUUGGCGUUGCUUUAGACCGGGACUCGCGUCUUUCCAGUGGUUCAAGAGAAGCGACCACCAUUCAGCGAUAUCUCGUUGAGCACCGGGAUGUCAAACCAUUGGCCGAAGUACAAACACAUCGUACGCGUUACUCUGGUAUGACCAACACUGCCGACGUCGCGAAUUGGGCGACCCUCGACACCUCGAUCACUUUUGGUGCGGUGGACAUGCACCACCUCGGGGAGGUACAACCUUUGCUCCAGCCCAGUAACACCUUCCCACAUGCCACCUUGCAUAUCCGUUGGGAAUUCGCACGGACACCUGCCGUCGUACGCGCAUUGGACGACUCGCAUUUGGUGUACCGAGUUUACGAUUUUACCCUCGAAGACAUGGCCAUUCGCACCGUUCAGACAGAUCUCCCCUCGCCAUCUUGGCAAUCGCUACUGGAAAAGGACAUCACCAAGCUGCCCCUUCCCACUGUUGGUGAGAACAGCCACUACUUUAGGCUCAAAACCGCCAAUCGACUCAGGGUCAGCGCAAGCGAUAUGAGUGGGACGUCCUCGGGCCCAUCCUCAAGUGAAGGCCAUGCAGACAGUCUCUUCUCUACAGCUACCCAUGGACAGUCCUCUAUUACGUCCAAUGAAGCUCGAGCCACUGAGACAGUGACUUCGCCUGCCGAGGUGAAAUCCCCGUCGAGCAGAAAAUCACGGAAGCGAGCACGGAUUGUCGUCCCUGAGCCGGCUGCGUCUCAAGGGAGAUACUGGAAUGAGUUUGACGAUGGCGACUCCGAUGUCAAUCCUCAGGAUUCCUACGCAAUCUACGUGGAUCCCAACGAGCCUGCUUUCCCAGUGAUGUCCCAAGCGUGGGCCACCUUGAAGUCCUGGUGGCCGCUGAAGUCUCUAAAUGGAGGGGCCAAGCCUGCAAGCGAGACGACACCAUUAUUGUAUGAUGAAGAAACUGCCUCCGUCGAAUCAUCCGACUCGGAUUCGCUGUUGAUAGUGCACGAGGGGCAACUGCGCCGUAGUUUUGUUUGGGGUCUGAUCGGCGGCUUGAGCGCUGCCUUUGUUAUUGGCUUUGCACUUAUCCUGUUUAUAUGUUUGCAAGCAUGA